AGAAGAGGAAGAACGAACACUGAAAACUGAAGACGCAAUUUGAGAGUGAGAGGAGAAGACUAGAUACUGUCGUGUGCAAGUUUCUACAGGAGCAAACUCCAACAACUACAAUGGCGCAGCAGCACCAGCUCCCGCACAGCCACCGGGCCGGGGAUGUGGAGUACUUCAAAUCUGCGCAGGGCAUGACGGAACCGGAGAAAUCUGUCACUGAGUUCCUUGCCAUCGCGCACCUGGUGGAGCAGUCAGGCGAUGGAUCACAGAUUUCCUUCAAGUUGAAGCAGGUGAUGUUCAUUACAAGAGCGCUUCCUUUUUUUGUCAUGCGUCAUUUGUCCUCACAUGCACUUGCAUUUUUCGACCGAGAAACUUGUUUUUUUUUGUGUAUGCAUAAACAAAGUGAAAAUUCAUCAUCCUAAUUUUCACCAAACGUCACAGGCUAUUUUGACCGACGACGAGGUGGCAGUCGCCACUUUGGCCAAGAACCCGUAUGCAUUGCAAAAGUAAAUCGCACUGGCAGUACAAAUUGCAUUUGCAAAUUUUCUUAAUAGCUGCAAGAAUGGAGUUUAUAAUGCUGACGGACGUAAGGGUAAGCGGUGAGAGUGAGACUGCAAUUUCUGCAAGUGCGAUGCUUAUCGUUUUGCAGAGGAUAACCACUACCACAAUGCGAAAUCCGUAGUAGCGCUGUGUGUCGGGGUUGCGAGUAAAGCGGGGGAGGAAGUUUUGAAGGUUCUGUUGGAGAAAGUUGGAAAGGCGGAACCGCUGGACAAGGACGAGGUGUGCAAAAGCGUAUUUGAGUUCGGAAAGGAAACGAAGACGGGAAGGGGAAUACGGUACCAGGAGCCCGUCGUCAUCACAUCGAGUAGUCACUCCAAGCUGAAUCGCUGCCCGGUGUCAAUUGCCAAGCAGAUGGACAACCGGCUAGCACUUCGGGUUUUGAAAAAAUCCGCGAAAUUCCGCGCCCCGGUGCACAAUCACAGCUCCGCGGACGUGAAGAGAUUUCGAGACGCCGAGACUAUGCCGGAGCCGCGCAAAAGUUUAGAGCAGUUCCUGGCGGUAGCAGACAUCUUAAAGGACGGGGGGAGCUCGGGCGCUCACUUGAAGGGCAGAAUCAAUUCAGCGUUGAAGCGGGCGAUUCUGAAAAACGAUUUGGCAGAAGUGAAGAAGGAAGACGUGGGCACUUCCUUCGUCGCCCUGUGCGUUGCGGCAGCGAGCAAUUGUAGCAAGGAGGUGCUCGAGCAUUUAGCUCGAAGAUUCGGGCCACGAGCAAAAGGCGCAGACUUGGUCGAGCAGACGAAGGCUUUUAAUCUCGAAGUGAACAAGCGCGUGCACAUGUUCGGACUGGAGCUUGCCGGUGAGGAGCAUACGACGACGAACCGGUACUACCACGGAGCAGAGUACUCCUUACUCGGCGCAUGCCCAGUCGCAAUUGCGAUCCAAGCGGGGAAUUACGCGGGGCUGGACUUGCUCUUGAAGAAGGGGUUUCCAAUCGAUCGCAAGCCGUAUUACACGUCCGUCAGCUUCCAGCCCAGUCUGCUCCAGAAAGCGCUCUGCACAGCCGACAAUGGGCAGCGUAAGUUGAUGGAGGCCAAGGCGUCGGCGGUUACCAUCGCGAUCGAAGGCGGGGACCUGAACGCGCUGCAAUUGAUGCUAGACAACGGCGCGCUGGCGCGAGCGGAUGUGGCGGAGCUCAUCCUUGUCGCGAUCAGAACCUCCGGCGCGAGAGUUUUGCGGUUUUUUUUGCAGCACAAUUUCGCACGACGUCACGGCACUUUUCUCGAUGCUGCUAACUUUUUCGACGCCGCGCUUCGGCGAAGCGAGUCCUCCAACCUGGAACGGCGUCAGGACCAUCGAGUAGUUCUGUGGCCACAAGAACAAGCGGAGUGCUUCUUGUUGAGGCGCAAGAACAUGUAG